AUGUCCAUCAAGAAUUUCUGGUAUGAGCCUUUCAUAGAUAAUGGAAUACUCCCUGAUUUUGUUUUGCGAGCAGCAAUUCGUCAUAUUCUUCGUGCAAGAGCAAAUGAACUUGAAGGUAAUGAGUUUACGGAAAAGCAUACCGAUAAAAUGCGUUAUAUCGAGAAACUUAAGGAGCGACCAAUAGCCGAAGAGCAGGAAGCUGCUAAUAAACAGCACUAUGAGGUUUCGACUGAAUUUAUGAAAUUGUGUCUUGGAAAACGUAUGAAAUAUUCUUGUUCCUUUUUCCCCACAGGCAAAGAGACAUUAAACCAGGCUGAAGAUCUAAUGCUCGAAUCUUAUUGUAAAAAAUCUCAGGUCGAAGACGGGAUGAAGAUUCUUGAUCUGGGCUGUGGUUGGGGAAGUUUAUGCUUAUACAUUUGUGAGAAAUAUCCAAAUGUCAAAGUGACCGCGCUUUCAAAUUCAAACAGUCAACGAAAACAUAUUCAAAGUCUCGCAGAUAAGCAAGGAUACAAGAAUUUGACUGUGAUUACUGCGGAUAUAAAAAAUUUCGAUUUCGGAGAAGAAUCAAAAUUCGAUCGUAUAAUUUCAAUCGAAAUGUUCGAACACAUGAAGAAUUACGAACACCUAUUGCAAAAAAUAUCAAAUUGGUUGACUCCUGAUGGACUUUUAUUUUUGCAUACGUUUGCCCAUAAAUCUCAACCGUAUGAUUUUGUGGCAGAUGAUAGUUGGAUGACGAAAUAUUUCUUUACGGGCGGAACCAUGCCCUCGUCCGAUUUAUUUCUCCAUUUUCAAAAUGACCUGGUAUUAGUAAAUAAAUGGUUCGUAAAUGGGAAACAUUACUCGAAAACAAGCGAAGAAUGGCUAAAAUUAGUAGAUAAAAACAAAAACGACGCAUUCACACAUCUCGUGGAAACUUAUGGACGGGAAAAUGCAACAACUUGGUUUAACCGAUGGCGUACAUUCUAUAUUGCUGUUGCAGAAUUUUUCGGGAUGAAUGAUGGCAACGAGUG